AAACAAAGGUGCCGACAGUAGCAAUGGUCGACGGUCACCCAUCCAAGAGACUGAAAGUCACUCAUACAAUCAGGGAAGAGGAGCAGGCUUUUGCUGCUGCAACGGCACCUCUCCAAUAUGGCAACUAUCACAACUACUACUCUGUCAGACAGACGCAGGCUUCUACCGCAGAUGGCGAUCCCGUCGACUCGCGCCUUAGGCUUCUAGAGAUGUUUGGAGACGGUGGACUGGAUAGUCUCUUUCUGAACAAGAACGUGCUCGAUGUUGGAUGUAAUGAAGGCCGCGUGACGUGUGCAAUAUCGCAGCACCUGGGUGCGAGGCAUGUCAAAGGUGUCGACAUCGAUCCCUUUCUGAUACGGAAAGCAAAGGAAUACAAAAGGAAGCUAUACUCACGUCAGAAAACUGGACGCGAUACACAAGUGCGCUUUUUCCCUCUAAGCUCUCUCGACAAGCAUGGAUUACGACCGCUAUUGGAUGCCGGCGACAAAGUUUCGAUACGCCCAAGACUAAGCACCUUCCCGGAAAACACAGACUUCGUAGCUCAAGAUUGGCUACAAACUCCCCUCGGCGACGAUGAAGAAGGCAUAUAUGAUGUCGUACUAGCCCUAAGUCUGACAAAAUGGAUACACCUUAACUCAUUCGAUGCCGGCCUCAAAUCAUUCUUUGACAAAUGCUUGCGAGCUCUGCGACCGGGCGGUCAUUUCAUCGUUGAGCCGCAACCAUGGCCAAGUUAUGUAACCGCUGUCAAGAAGAAAUGCAGAGCUCUGGCAUCGAAUCUCGAUAAGCUAGAAAUGAGGCCAGAAAACGGCUUUGGUGGGUGGUUAUUGAACAAUGGAUGGGAGGAAGUCUUCAUUGCUGGAGGCAAUGAAGAAGGCAAAGGCUUUGACGCGAGAGAGAUUAGAGUUUACCGCAAACCUUUGGAUGUGACCGCGGUGAAGAAGUCAUGAAUCGUGGCUCGUUUAGCUUUGGGAGUAAUGGAUCAUGCGCCUAACAAAUUGCGUGCCGAGC